AUGGAUGCAAGUAAUAACAAUGCGUCUACUAUUAGUCAAAGUUCAGAGACAACAACAAAUACAAUACUUAAAUUAACUAUUAAAACACCAAAAGAAAAAAAGGAUAUCGCAAUUGAUGUCACUUCAACUGUUAAACAAUUGAAAGAUUUAGUGGCUAAUGAAUUUAAUACAUCAAUUGAUCAAAUUUGUCUUAUAUAUUCGGGUAAAAUUCUAAAAGAUGAUGAAGAUCUUAAAAAACAUGAUUUAAAAGAUGGUGUUACUGUUCAUUUGGUUAUUCGAGCACCAAAAUCAGAUACAACAACAAAUGAUUCUACUAGGCCAACAUUUUCUAGAACUCAACGCGAACCUCCUACUCAUCCAACUCCAACUCAACCACCAAAUCCAACUGGUACUUUUCCAUUUGGACUUGGUGGUAUUCCUGGUAUGGAUAAUUUAAAUUUUACUGAUAUGCAACAACAGCUUCAACAACAAAUAAUGACUAAUCCAGCACAACUUCGUCAAUUAAUGGAUAGUCCUGUUGUACAGAGUAUAACAAGUAAUCCUGAUUUAUUACGUUCAUUAUUACUUAGUAAUCCGCAAAUUCGUGAUUUAAUGGAGCGUAACCCUGAAAUAUCACAUUUACUGAAUAAUCCUGAUUUACUUCGACAAACAAUGGAAUAUGCUCGGAAUCCAACAGCAUUACAAGAACUUAUGCGUAAUCAUGAUCGAGCUUUGAGUAAUCUUGAAAGCAUUCCAGGUGGUUUCAAUGCUUUACAACGUAUUUAUCAUGAUGUACAAGAACCAAUGUAUUCAGCAGCACAAGAACAAUUUGGUAAUAAUCCAUUUGCACAAUUACUUACUGGCAAUGGUAGUAUUGAAUUUUUUUCUUCUUCUUCUUCUUUUCUUAUAUUAAUGUUAUUUCUCUAUCAUAUAGAUAAUACAACAGCAUCACGUACUGAAAAUACUGAUCCAUUACCAAAUCCUUGGGCACCUCGCAAUACUGCUGCAACUCCUCGUCAAACACAACAACCAUCUACUAAUACAACAACUACUCAACAACAACAACAACAGCCAGCAGAUUCAGCAUUGCCAACUAAUACUACUGGUAGUUCACCUAAUUUAAUAUCUCCAAUGAUGCAAAAUUAUAUGUCACAAUUAACUCAAAAUCCUCGUUUACUUGAAAGUGUUCUUAAUGCACCACAUAUGCAACCAUUAAUGGAUUCACUUGUUGCCAAUCCAGAUAUAUCAAGACAAAUGGUUGCAAAUAAUCCAAUGUUUGCUAAUAAUCCUGAAUUACGUGAACAAAUGCUUAAUGCUUUACCAACUAUGAUGGAACAAAUGAGAAAUCCUGAAGUACAAGCAUUAAUGCAAAAUCGUGAAGCACUUGAAGCUAUACAACAAAUACAAGAAGGACUUCAACGUUUACAUGCAGCGUCACCUAACCUCUUUCAAGCUGGUGGUUUACCAGCUAGUCUUCGUUUUGGUUCAACUGGUCUAUCACCACCAACUAAUACGGGAACUACACCGUUGUCAUCAUCAACUGCUCAAUCGACAUCAACAAAUCCACCAUCAAGAACAGAUACUGGUAAUGCACCAUCGUCAAAUGAUCCAAAUAAUUAUGCAAAUGUAUUCGCCCAAAUGUUAAAUAUGAUGUCGAAUCAAAAUAUUAAUAUACCACCGGAUCAACGUUAUGCUGUUCAAUUAGAACAACUUGUUUCAAUGGGUUUUACUAAUCGUGAAGCAAAUUUGCAAGCUUUAACAGCAACAAUGGGAGAUGUAAAUGCGGCAAUUGAACGGCUUCUUUCACAACAUUAA